AUGAUGCCAUGGUUGAUGAUGACAAACGGAACACGGCCUAGGCCUCUUACUUCUCCAGAAUCUUCCACCACCACCACACGGCAUCGACGGACGAGCACAAAGGACCUCGAGAACGAGGAAAAGUCGUCGUCGUCGAAGAGCAUGCAAGCAACACGUAGACGCUGGUUAUCAUUAUCAUCAUCACCUCGAACCGCAUACUCAUACAUCUUCUUCAUCCUCCUCUUCAUCCUACUUAUUAAAACCGGCAUCUAUGUCUGCAAUACCGACGUGUCGUCAAUACAGUUGAUGUUACCGAAGACUUCCAUUGUGUCGUCGAUAUUUAGAGAACACCAAGAACCAGAAUCAGAGGAACAUCCGAUACCCAACUUGAUGGACGAUGCGGAGAGACGGUUCAAGGAGAAGGUAGACAGGCAGAGUAAAACAUUGAAGGAAGCUGUGGCAGAGUAUCAGAGGAGGUACCAGAGGCUUCCACCGAAAGGAUUUGAUGACUGGUGGGAGUUUGCGAAGGAGAACAACGUUGUCAUGGUCGACGAGUAUGAUGGACUCAUGCGCGAUUUGGAGCCUUUUUACCAAUUCUCUGGGGAGGAAAUACGGAGGAGAACUGCUCAGGUCGGUACGCUACCAUCUAUCAACAUCGUUCGCGUACGAAGAGGAAAAGCCAGGAUAGUUAAUCUCAGUCAAGACUUCAAAGACUCGGAACUGAGUGCUAGGGCCCAAGGGUUCAAGAACAUGCUGAAGAAAUUCGUACACAAGCUCCCAAACGUCGACUUUCCUAUCAACACGAAAGCAGAAGGCCGUGUCGUGAUUCCCUGGGAACACCAAAAAUACCCAGAAUUAGCCCCCAAAGACUCCGACAGAGGAAUCCAACACAUACUUGGCGGCCCUUUCAUCGCUGAUUGGAGAGGCGACGGAAACGUCUGGGAAGAAUGGAGACGCACAUGCGAGCCUUGCUCCAUCGCUCGAAGACUCUUUUCUUCCAUCCGAGACGUCUUCGCUGAACCACCUCAAACCCAUUUCUCUUCCUCUUCCCACCGUCCUCCAGAUUUCGUUUUUGCAAACGCAACAUCCUUUUCUACCCUCGACUUUUGUCAGAACCCUCAUGCUCAUUACACACAAGGACACUUUUUUUCUGAUUGGCGAACCAUUGGGGCGCUGUACCCCGUGUUCAGUCCGGCCAAGGCGAAAGGGUUUAUGGAUAUUAAGAUUCCUAGUCAUUACUACUGGGGCUCGACGAAGGGGUACACGUACGGUUGGGAUCCCGUUAAGGGGAAACUGAGCGAAGUAGAUGUGCACGAGGUUCCUUGGGAGGACAAAAUCGACAAGAUGUUCUGGAGAGGUGCUACGACGGGCGGUGGAUCUACACCUCCUGGCUUCGCGGCUCAGUAUCAGAGGCAUCGUUUGGUCAGGAUGGCAUCGAAAGAUAAGGAUAGCAAUGAGAUGAAGACGAUCGUCUAUGCCAACGCAUCUUCUGAUUCGAGGGAGAAGUAUGUUUCGAGAGGAGUACCGAUUGGUGAUUUGAAUUCGGAAAUCAUGGACGUUGCGUUUGUCAAAGCGACUAAUCUGGCAACGUACCCAGGAGGAUGGAAAGCGUUGAGGAAGAGCCAUCGGUUUGGGGACAGUGUACCUUUAGGACGACAUUGGAGUUAUCGAUAUUUGUUGGAUGUGGAUGGAAUGGGAUAUAGUGGACGAUUUAUGGCGUUUUUGGCGAGUGAUUCAGUACCGGUGAAGAAUACGGUUUAUGAAGAGUUCUUUUCGGAUUGGAUUGAGCCGUGGGUUCAUUUCAUCCCGUUAUCGACGUCAUAUAAGGAGAUAUACAAUAUUUAUGCGUACUAUUCUGGGCUUCCUCCUUCACUACGAAAUUCGACCACUUCCCUCCAAUCUACGGAUGCCGGGAACAGGUUGAAGAGGAUAGCAACGUCCGGAAAGCGGUGGAAAAAGACGAUUGGAAGGCCAGAGGAUAUGGAGGCGUAUGUGUAUAGGUUGGCAUUGGAAUAUGCACGACUGUUUACGAAUGAUAGGGAAGCAAUGACUUACGAUAUAAAGGAGUAG